UGUUUGUUGGUAUAUUGGUCAUUUCAACAUGUUCUCAUGGCUUCACUGUUGACGGCCUUGCGCUCAACUGUUCUGUGUGCCUUUCUUCGGUUCCUUUCCGCUGAAGCACCCGGCGCCGCGCCUGCCGCGCCGCUGGUCAUCGGCGGCAUCGAAUUCUCCCGGGAGGAUGAUAUCGAGAACAUGGAGAAACUUUCGAAUCUGUUUGGGCAGGUCUUCUACACUCACCUUUUGUCGGAUGACAGUUUUGCGGCUGACAACUGGCGCGCCCUGAGUGCAGAAGUUUGGCAACUGGCGCAGGUCGCCCUGGAGCUUCCAGCCAUGGCUCUACCAGUCGCCAUGUGCUUGUACAACUACUUUUGGUGGCAAGGUCCUGAAAGCACUGAAGCCAAUGUGAUGGCUGGAUACCAGGCAUCGGAGCUGAUGUAUGCAGCAGUGCAACAUGCUCGCUGUCACGAGCCAAAGAUGGAUAUGAUGGACUUCUACAUACAGCAGUGCCAUUUGCGCUGGCGAUAUUUGCUGAUGCUGACAGCCGAGACGGCGCGAAAUCUACUUCUGCAAGAUCGGAACAUCUUGGCUGGCAGCAAGCUGAUGAGCGCUGCACGCUCCUAUCUUCGAGAGAUGAAGCAGCUGCCGAAUGUUGAGCUGCUGCAGGGCUUUAGUACGCAUGAAGUGAGUUUCAACAUGGACUACUUCCCCGCUGCCACACUGCUGCAUGGCCCGGUCUGGAAGAAUCCAGUGCAGCUGCUGCCCGUGGCAAAGGUCUUGGAAGACAACUAUUUGAUGAUCCGUUCGGAGCUCGAAGGGAUCUUGAAAGCUGGCACUACGUUUCAUGACUUGGACCAAACCACCCGCAAUGCUGAGACACAGUUUGGCCCUCGAGGAGACGACUGGCUGACCGCGUAUCUCUUCCGGAAGGGGGAGCCUAUUCCACAGGUGUGCGCCCAUGCGCCGCAGACCUGCGAGCUGCUGCGGCAGCGUCCAGAGAUUGGACAGUGCAAGCAGCCGGGCUCGGGCGCCGGGUUCUUGCGGAUGCGCCCCUCUGGACGGCUCAAGCCGCACUUCGGGAACGCCCCCCGCUUAAGCGUCCAUUUGGGCCUGAUCAUUCCGGAUGGUGAGAUUACCAUGUCAGUCGGCUAUGAAGAGGUGCGAUGGGAGGAAGGAAAGGUCAUUGCCUUUGAUGACACCUUCAUCCAUCAGGUUGUGCACAAUGGCUUGGAACCCAGAUAUGUGAUGAAUCUUUGGAUGUGCCAUCCAUGUGAUCCCUUUGAUGGACGGCUCCCGGGAUCAGCGCUGCCUGAGUACUGUGGUGGUCCACCAGGAGCCAUGCAUAGGCUGGGUUUACAGCCCUUGCCUGCAAAGCCUUCAUGAGGCCGAGCAAUGGGGUCAAAACUGU